GGCAGGGCGAGUCGACUGUUUCUGCAGGGAUAAACGAGACAAGCAGUACCGAGAAGAGAAAUGUCACGGAAUUGAAUUGAAAUCCGAUAUCACAUUUCGAUAAACGAGAUGGAUCGUUAUCGUUCUCCGUAGAAACCUCGUGUUUGGAAAGCUGCACCCGUCAUUCCUCCCUUCCCACAGUGCACUGGGGUUUGAGUGAAGCCCCCCUCCUCCCAUGCUCCCCCAGUACUGACAGAAAUCACCCCCUGUCUCCCGGUGAGGAGGGAUCAGCGAGGACAGGCUCCGGUCACCAGGCCGCAGAGAGAGAGAGGGCGGCCUGCCAGAACCAGGGCACGAGAGCGCUAGCCGAAACCCCGACCCCCCCAACCCCCGUCCCCACGCCUCGGCGUCAACAUGUCCGCCAGAGAGCGCAGCAGCCCGCGGAACCGGCCCUGGUCGGUGUACCGCGCCAACACCUUUGACCUGUCCUCCGAGAUGCUGGGCCUCACUCUCGCAGGAAACAGUCAAGAUCCGGAUGAACCCGUACUGGAGUUCAGCUUGGCCUGCAGUGAGCUCAUCACCCCAUCGCUGGACCGCAAGCCCAACAGCUUCGUCGCUGUGAGCUGCACCACGCCCCCCCAGGCCUUCUGGACCAAGCACGCCCAGACGGAGAUCAUCGAGGGCACCAGUAACCCCAUCUACCUGAGCAGCAUCGCCUUCUUCCAGGACUCCCUCAUCACGCAGCAGACGCAGGUGAAGCUGUCGGUGUACGACGUCAAGGACCGCUCUCAGGGCACGAUGUACUUGCUCGGCUCAGCCAUGUUCCCUGUGAAGGAGCUCCUUCAGGACAAGCAUCACAGGUUACAUCUGAUGCUCAGGUCUGCAGAGAACGAGCGUGUGGGAAACAUCACCAUCAUCGCCUGGCAGAUGGAGGAGAAGCGGGACCAGAGGGCCCCUGUGGCCAGGCUGCCCGACACCGUCAACGGCAGGAUGGUCCUUCCUGUUGACGAGAGUCUGACGGAAUCCCUUGGAAUCAGAGCCAAAUACGCGUCAUUAUGCAAGGACACGCUACUGAAAGCAGUGUUCGGCGGCACCAUGUCCAGGAUGUACCGCUUCCCCACCACGGACGGCAACCACCUGCGCGUGCUGGAGCAGAUGGCCGAGAGCGUGCUGUCACUCAACGUCCCCCGACAGUUCGUCAAGCUGCUGCUGGAGGAGGACGCCGCCAGGGUGUGUGAGCUGGAAGAACUGGGAGAGCUCUCUCCAUGCUGGGAGAACCUCCGGCGCCAGAUUGUGACUCAGUACCAGACCAUCAUCCUCACCUACCAGGAGACCCUGACGGACCUGCACGAGUACAAAGGUCCCUCCUUUAAGGCCAGUAACCUGAAAGCAGAGAGGAAGCUAGAGUUCAUGCCCACAAACCUUCACGUCCAGAGGAUGAGAGUGCAGGAUGAGACGGGCUUCGAUCACACAUACGACGUGGUGACGAUCGGGGCGCCCGCCGCCCACUGUCAAGGGUUCAAGAACAGCGGCCUCCGCAAGCUCAUCCACAAGUUCGAGGAGGCCAAGAAGCACGUUUAUGAGGAGGAAUGCAGUGCCGUGUCCAGCUCCCAGUCCAUUGUCUACGUCCCCCAGGACAUCGUCCGGGCCAAGGAGAUCAUCGCCCACAUCAACACACUGAAGACGCAGGUCAGCUACUACGCCGAGCGGCUCUCCCGCUCCGCCAAGGAACGCUCCGCCAACGGGCUGGAGAGGACCCUCGCCAUCCUGGCCGACAAGACGCGGCAGCUGGUGACGGUGUGCGACUGCAAGCUGCUGGCCUCGGCCAUCCAGGCGCUGAACGCGGCACGGCCCGAGUACAUCGCCUCCAAGGCCUCGCCGUCCGCCGCCGAGGCAGACCAGGUGGUGCUGCGCAACGACCAGGACACGCUGCUGGCCAAGUGGACCGGCCGCAACAGCCGCACCUCGCUCAACCUCAGCUGGCACGAGGAGGAGUGGGAGAAGGUGUGGCAGAACGUGGAUAAGAGCCUGGAGUGCGUGAUCCAGCGGGUGGACAAGCUGCUGCAGCGCGAGCGCCUGCAGAGCGACAGCAGCGAGGACGUCUUCCUGUGCGACCAGCAGGGCGGCGCCAGCAAGAAAGAUGGCAGCCCCAGCAGCGAGGAGGUCUCCCCAGGUGAGUGGAGCGAGGCUCUGUACCCGCUGCUCACCACGCUGACGGAGUGUGUGGCCAUGAUGAGUGACAAAGCCAAGAAGGCCAUGGUGUUCCUGCUGAUGCAGGACAGUGCGCCCACCAUCGCCAUGUACCUCACCCUGCAGUACCGCCGAGACGUGGUCUUCUGCCAGACUCUGACAGCCUUGAUCUGUGGUUUCAUCAUCAAACUGAGGAACUGUCUCCGUGACGACGGCUUCCUGAGACAGCUGUAUACCAUUGGCCUGCUGGCACAGUUUGAAAGCCUGCUGAGCACCUACGGAGAGGAGCUGGCCAUGUUGGAGGAUAUGAGUGUUGGGAUCAUGGACCUGAGGAAUGUCACCUUCAAGGUGACACAGGCCACCUCCAACUCCGCCGCCGACAUGCUGCCCGUCAUCACCGGCAACAGGGACGGCUUCAACGUGCGCAUCCCGUUGCCGGGGACGAUGUUCGAUGCGCUGCCGCGGGAGAUCCAGAAUGGCAUGCUGCUGCGUGUCCAGCCUGUGCUGUUCAACGUGGGCAUCAACGAGCAGCAGACACUGGCUGAGAAGUUUGGAGACACCUCGUUACAGGAGGUCGUCAACAUGGAGAGCCUGGCUCGUCUGAACUCCUACUUCGAACAGUUCAAAGAAGUCUUACCCGAAGAUUGUCUACCUCGCUCCCGCAGCCAGACCUGUCUGCCCGAGCUGCUGAGGUUCCUGGGCCAGAACGUCCACGCCCGGAAGAACAAGAACGUGGACAUCCUGUGGCAGGCGGCUGAGAUCUGCCGGCGCCUGAACGGCGUUCGCUUCACCAGCUGCAAGAGCGCGAAGGACCGCACGGCGAUGUCAGUGACGCUGGAGCAGUGCCUGAUCCUGCAGCACGAGCACGGCAUGGCCCCCCAGGUCUUUGCCCAGGCCCUGGACUGCAUGCGCAGCGCUGGGACCAGGGAGGGCGUCACGCAGAAGAACCUGAGUGGCCUGUUGCCCGUGCGCGAUUUCAGCCUAGACCCCAGUCUCCUCUACUCUCUCCCCUUACUGGCGCUCAGCCCAAACCUGCUGGUCAUCUGGCUCUUUCUCAGCGUGGCCUACCUGCUGGCCAGGCUCCGCUGUAACUGAGCGCCAGCCCUCCCUCGGCCCCUCCGCCUGUUAGCCUGCCAGGCGGCUCCCCAGACAGCCCAACCCGCUAGCCUGUCUGUCGACCAGGCAGGCAGCCACCCAGCCCAGGUCACUCGCCUUUCAGGCAUCUCAGCCUGUUAGGUAGUUCGGCAGAGUGUAGGCCUUCCUGCCCAGUAGCAUAUUUAUACAGCACCACCCUGUCCCUCAAACUUCUACUUUUACUUUUUACUUACGUAGUUACGGGGCCACUUCAGGGACUGUGGCAGUCUUAAGGCUGCCAACUACAUUACGGCAUCCAGUGACAAAUAAGCAUCCAGCAUAAAUCCACCAG